UUUACGCGGCACAACACCCACGCGGCCCGCGUUGGCAGCAACAUCAAUGCCAAGUCCCGGGCUCGUGUGCAUGUGUGUGUGUGUCUUUUGUGUGUUUGUUUUUAAGGGGAGGAUGCCCGGGAGGCGGUCCUAAGAGCAGGGGGCGGAGCCAAAGGCUUCCGGGAGGCGGAAAGCGGAGCUGUGAGCGGAGCCGAGGAGAAGGAGGGCGCGGCGGCGGGCGGCCGAGUUGUUUUGUGCUCCCGGCUCGGCUGCGCUCCACGCCGGCGUCCGAGCGCGCGCCAGGGCCCCGGGGGGCGGCGAUGGCUUCGAUGGCGGCGGCGAUCGCCGCUUCCCGCACGGCGGCCCUGAACGGCAACCGGCCGCUGGACGAGCGGGAGCGCAAGCGCUUCAGCUACUUCUCGUCGCUCAACCCCAUGGCGCGCAAGAUCAUGGCGGAGAAGGAGCGCAUCCGCGAGCGCUACGGGCCCGAGUGGGAGCGCCUGCCGCCCCGCCAGCAGGACGAGAUCAUCGACCAGACCCUGGUGGAGCCCCACAUCCAGGCCCGCUACGCGGCGCACCGAGGGGUCGCCCGGGGACCCCCGCCGCCGGUCUGCUACCCGAACCUGCGCCUCAACACCGGCCAGAAGGUGGUGCACUUCGGCGACGAGGAUAUCACCUGGCAAGAUGAACACUCUGCUCCUUUCUCCUGGGAAACCAAGAGUCAGAUGGAGUUCAGCAUUGCUUCUCUGUCCAUACAAGAGCCAAGUGCAGUGGCAUUGCAGAGCGAACCAAAGCAGACCACCAAAACCGCUCCAGGGCCCCCAGCCCCCAAGCCCGCACAAGGUGCUAAAACGCCUAACUCAGAGGGGCUUCUGCCAGCUAGGAAAGAGGAGGAGUCGUCAUUCUGGAAGAUCAAUGCUGAGCGCUCGAAGUGUGACGGAGAACAGUCUGAGUUCUGUUCUCUGACCCCAAGCCAGAUCAAGUCCAUGGAGAAAGGAGAAAAGACCCUCCAGCCUUACUACAGGCAAGAAUCUGGUCCAAAAGAGGCAACCAAAGCAGAGAAGCCUAGUGCUAGCAAACCUGAAAAAUUGACCACCCCCGUUCUUGCUGCAACUUCAAUAGAAUGGGAAAAACCUCAACCUGGCCAGCCGAGUCCUCCUGAUGUUUGUCCUGAGCCAGUGGAAAAACUCUCAUCAACUGGGACCAAAAGUGAGGAGGCUGAUAGUGGUUUCCUUUCAGAAGUGCAGAGCAAUGCAAAUAACGUUAUCUUGAAGACCGGAUUUGAUUUUCUAGACAAUUGGUAAAGGACCAAAAUAGCUUCAGCUCAGUUUUGGAGGAAGAGAACAGGAACAUCUCUCUUCCAGUCUACUUUAUUUUAUUUUAUUGGUAUUGGCUUCUAUUUGACCUUUCAAACUAAUAUUUUUUCCAACUGUUUUAAAUGUUGCCUUUGUAUUUACACUUUUUUGUAAAACCAUAUGGAUAUUUGUAUUUUGAAAUUGUCCAGUGUUAGAAGUAUGGUUUUUUCUCUUUAUGAUUAUAUAGGGUGAAUUGUUAUAUUGGAGAUGGGACAGGAUACAUUUCCUAAUUAGUGUUAUGUGUUUUAAGGACAAGGUUUGAGGGAUCUGACCUAGAGAGAGAGAGAGAGAGAGAGAGAGAGAGAGAGAGAGAAGUUGAAGCCACCCGACAGAGGCACCUAUUUUCAUUUCAUAUACAAAAUAAACUACACCUUAUGGGCUGCAACAUGACUUAAAGAAAGCAAUUUAUGUGGAGAUGGUGCAGCGGCAAAACACCGUAGGCCUAGGUUCUGCUGAAGCACAAAGCUCAAAAACCAAAAUUAAUCUUAUCUGUUUCAAAUAAACUACACAGAAAAUUAAGGCUACAGAUUUUUACACUUUUAUUUUUGUAUAGGUAUGUUUAGUUUGACCAAAUUAUUUCUAAUGCUGAUAUUGGUAAUGUGGUAUGAAAUAUUUUUGAAAUGGAAAAGCUUUUACAAAGGAGGCUGUUCAAACCAGCACCGUAGCUAUACUUGGGAAAAUAAUUUGCCUAAAUGCAAAGCCAAUGCGGAGAGGGACAUGGCAAGAGAGAAGACAAAACCCCACAAAUACAUUUCAGUGAAGCUUCUCUUUUAUCUUUGAAAAAUAACUCAGUAAGAAUAUUUUGGGUGAAUACAACCUUGCAAAACAACCGAUUCUCUUGAGACCUCUUAGCAUUCCUCUUAAGAGUGGCAUUGCACACCAAUCUGUAGGAGUGUCAAUUGCCUCUUCCCUACCCCUCCCGCAAAAGAAAACUCUACAGUAAUCCACCAUGUUUGAAACUUGUAGGGUGGUCAAGUUCAAAAGAGGACAGGGGUCCUACAUCCUUUAUUAGUUGUGUAGAAGAGGGGAUUUCAUCAGGUGUACUUGUAUGACAAGGCGGUUAAAGGUGUUGGCAUUCUGUCCUCUUGAAUCCAGCCACCUUAUCAGAGAGGAUUUUUUUUUAAUUGUUUCAGUAAUAAUAAUAAUGGUAGUAGCAGUAGUAAUAAGCUUCUCUUGAAGGUAUCUUGACUAAUUUCUGGUGCUGCAUCCCUUAGUGAGGCUAGAAUUCCCAACAUGUCACACCCACACACCCUGAUGUGCUAAGUUUUUGUUAGUUUUUAAACUUGCAGAGAGCUAUUAAUAUGAUGGGUUGGUCAUUCAAAAAUGACACCCCUCCACUAUAGCUUGAAAUUAUAUCACCACCUCAGGAUUCUAGCACCUCCUUCUUUCUGCUGCAUAUGUAGACCAGGCCUCAUUGUUGUCAGCUAUUUAAAAUGUACGUGUGUGAGUAGAACUGUCGCCUGACAAUGCGUCGUGGUUUUCCAUUUUGCUUCACUGCUAUACCUAUCACCUUCGAGCCUUAAUUUCCCUUUACGCACAACUAGUGAUCUGUCCAAUCCAAAGCCAAAGGUGACUGACGCUCUGAUUUUAAAUUCUUGCAAUUUAAAAUCCCAAUAACUGAAUUUCUGGAGUAUUGACCCAAGGCAGUGGUUCUUUGUGCCAACUCGUGGAGAUCCCACAAAGUUUGCAUCGGACUACUUCUGUAGGACAAAAAAAGCAAACCUUACACCCUCUCUUUAUUUUCUGUGCUUUUUGUAACAGCACUUGCUAGUAGCCUCCGGGUAGCUUAUCGCAACCUUGAGAUUUCUGUUUGCGUGACCUCACACUAGUGUAUAAACUAAAACCUGAAAAUUCCUCUUCAUCUACAUAAGCUCUACUUCAGUCCACUUUCUGUACAUCCAAUCUCCUGUUCUCUCAAUGUACUCUGCAGGAAACAUAGAUCGCAACAAUUAAUCAAACCAAAUGAAGAGACUUCUUCUAAGUCUCUGUUCCAAAGACACGUCCAUCUGUGUUGCUAUGGAAAAUAAGAAAAUAUGGGGGGACACUAAAGGAAAUGCUGCUUCUGUGUCCCCAUCUCUCUCACACAUGGGUGUUUGUGGUAAAACAGCGAUGUAGGCAGGUUAAAUAUGUGCAUCUCUAAACACUCAGAUGCACACUCCAGAGCUCAGGAUAACUUGUGGGUCCCUGUGGCAUCUUUGGCGAUGCAUCUCUCCAUCACACGGUGUUUACCGUAGCAGCACCUGUCAUGCUGCGUCGCUGUGCUGCCAUGUUCCGUGUGAAUUGACUCUUGAGUAACAAGCAGCUUCCUGACACUGCUAGUUAUUCAACUUGGGAUACUGACAGUUCAAAAUGGCAGGAGGCUGAAGAGAUUUUAGCAGAAGAAAGCCUCUUGAAGUUCUGGUAACAGUUUGUGAGCGAUCUAUUUAUGGCUACGUUUACAAGUUUUUUGAGUCACUUUAAUAUUUGUAAAAUAAAUUCAGAAUGGUUUUUUAAAUUAGAAAAAACAUUUGGUAUUUAAAAAGCAACAAAACGCUAUGAUUGAGCACAAGUUCUACAUGCAUGAAGGCAUUUCUGAUUCACAUUUUGGCAUUUGAAAGGGAAUAUUUGCAAUCUUAUAAAAGCUGAAUAAUGUGAAGUGUGACUUUUUUUAGUUCAGGUCCUCUUCUCUGUGUUGACAACUUCAAGAAGCAGAUAUUUUCAGUUUAACAGACAAGUAAUGUCACUUUCCAUAUUUUUUUUGGCCCAUGAAAGAGAAUGCCCUAAGCCCUAGAGAAGCAUCUUUUUAAAAUCUCUGCUUUCAUGCACUGACAAUGGAUAAACGGAUAGGAUCUGUGUUAUUUUCUUCUUCUGUUCUCUUGUUUUGGAGUCUUUCAUCUUAUACACUUAGGGUUUACUUCCUCUAAAGUGUUUGUACACAGCCUAUUCCCUACAGUGAGGCUAACUCAGAAGAUGUUGAUAGAUUGUACUCAGUGCAACCAGCCAGCAAAUGUCUACUGCAGAAAUCUUUACUCUCCCUUUCCCUUUACUGUGCUUUGAUGGCUAAAUCGGAUGCUUCUCCCUUUCUUAGAUAUGUUUUUAUUGAAGUUCGUAUUCAAAAUACUUGGUCACAUUUUGUAUAAAAUUACUUCUUAAUUAAAGGCACCUGACAUAAA